AUGGCUACUCCCACUCCCAUGCCAGCCAGAGGCGAUCAAAACGCCCCAGUCUUUGAUUCGUCCAAGCCCCACGAGUUGCGCCGUUAUUUCCUCGAUCUGGAGUUCCUUCUAGCUCGAUCUGCCGUCACUGACGCUGCCCAAAUGAAGGGGCAUGCGGUCAGAUUCCUUUCCGUCGAAGAUCAGGAGAUUUGGGAAGGUCUACCGUCGUUCUCAGACGCCAACAAAUCGUACCACGACUUCAAAUUGGACGCCCUCAGCCUCUACGCAGGGAACGACACAGAUCGUCGUUUCAGCCUCGACGAUUUGGACAUGCUCGUUGGGCAGACAUCUCGCAUGGGAAUCCACACAAAGGACGACCUCACACAAUUUUAUCGACGAUUCCUACACAUCACAACAUUCCUGAUUAGCAAACAACGACUCUCUGUGGCAGAACAGAGCCGAUUUUUCCUUCGAGCUAUGAAUCCAGCCUCGUUGUCCGUCUCAGUUCGCCAGAGACUUCAGAUCAAGAAGCCAGACGUUCACCCUGAGGAUCCAUAUGAUUUGUCAGAUCUGUACGACGCUGCUAAAUUCGUCCUUUCAGGAUCAUCGACCUUACUUCCUGGAAUGCCCACGUCUCAGCCCGGAACCGAGCUCACAAUCAAAUCAGACCCUGGAAUUACUGCACUAGUUUCAUCCGUCUCAGAUCUAGUUCGAAUAAUUGCUGCUCAACACGCCAAUCCUGGUGCCCCAGCACAAUCACAGUCCGCCAACGCCCUGCCCCGCCGUCGCCGUCCUGAUGGCUGCAGUUAUUGCAGUGAUCUCGAGCAUUUUAUCAGCCAAUGUCCCCACGUUUCGACGGAUAUUCGAGACGGAAAAUGCCGCCGCAAUGUGGAUGGGAAAGUCGUCCUCCCCUCAGGCGCAUAUGUGCCAAAUAUUGUCCAAGGAAAGGAUCUUCGAGAGCGCAUUCAGAAGUGGCAUGAAGCGAACCCAGGUCAGGCAGCAGCUCCGCAGAUGAUUUUGGAAGUUUCUCACCAGAAUUUGCUGUCUUCUGCGGCGCCUGGGCUCGUUCAAACGUUCAAACUCACGGACGAAGAACGAAUGGCAGUUCUGACGGCUGAAAUUAAUCAACUACGCACACGGGCCCAAGCUAAACGCGCUAUGGAAGUUGCUAAUCAACCAGAAGUCCCUGAACGCACUAUUCCACCGGCGGUAGCGCGAAAUCCAGUCGUUCCACCUGUUCCAAUCGAAACCGUCCCUCCUGCGACCGCCCCUGCUGCUCCAGUUGCCCCGCCUCAACCCCCAAUCCAUCCGUACGCCGCAGCUCGUGAUGGCGCUUACGCACCGCCCAAAGAACGAAAUGUUGGGAUUCCAGCGCAGAAAUCACAACCCCCACGCUCUUCGGCUCCGAUCUACAACCCCAAAGAUGCUGCAGCUGUUUUCGACGCCAUUUUGGACAUCCCUGUCACCCAGACGCUUCACCAGACCCUGUCGAUUGCCCCAGAAGUCCGUGCUCAAUUCCGCAAAGCCACUAGUUUCCGUCGUCCCCCUGCCAAGACUGGCGAGGCAGUGCCUCAAUUCCUGCAUCCUGUCACUGAUAGCACGCCCUACGACCUUCCAUAUGCUCAGGACGACUCAGAUUUGGUCGAAAAACCAGACGUUGCCCCCAGACGCUUGGGUGGUCCCAGAUAA